AUGGAGGCUGCGGCAACGAGGUUGCAAAAAGAAGCAAAGGGAUAUCUCGACAGUCUUAGAGCCAUGACCGCCUCACAGAUGCGCAUAGCCGAAACCAUCGACGCAUUCUAUGGAGAUGCUGGAACACGCGACGGUGUAUCUAGGUCAUACAAACAAGCAGUAGAGGAUCUUGAUGCGGAAACAAUAAAAGCCCUAGAUGGCCCAUAUCGAACGACGGUCCUCGACCCUAUCUCCCGAUUCUGCGCUUACUUCCCUGAUAUCAAUGAAUGCAUAAAAAAGCGCAACAACAAACUGCUGGAUUACGAUGCGAUGCGCGCCAAAGUCAAGCGACUGGUCGAGAAGCCCGACAAGGACGUCACAAAACUGCCCAGAGCCGAGAAAGAGGCAGAAAUGGCCAAGCAGGCUUAUGAGCAGUUGAACGAGCAGCUCUUUACCGAAUUACCACAAUUAAUCGACUUGAGGGUACCAUAUCUGGACCCAUCAUUUGAAGCGCUUGUAAAGAUUCAGCUGAGGUUUUGCGCGGAAGCAUAUAGCAGGAUGGCUCAGGUGCAGCAGUAUUUGGACGCCGACACGAGAGACCAGUAUGCUAGGGGAGACUUGGACAACAGAGUCGAGCAAGUGUUGGCCGAAAUUCGAGACUUGACAAUCGCUGGCACCGUUUAG